AUGGCGACUACACCGUUCGGCCGCGCCAUCUCUGCGGUCGCCUUGGCACCGGCGAGGAGGAAGACGACAUGCAACCUCAAACUCUUGUUCCAAAAGUUGGAUCAUAACCAGUCAUCUACGUUCAAAGUUGAAUGCGCGUGUCCCUCAAAAGGGCUGCCAGAUCCCAACGCCUCCUUCCAGUUCUUCAUUCCCAAGUAUGUUGCUGGAUCUAAGAAAGCUACAGUUCAUGUCUUUGCUAGGAUUAAUUCCAUCGGCCGGCCCGCAAGGCCCACUAGGCUACGCUCGUGCACGCCCGCACCGCACGCCCCCAUCCGCAUUCGUCGGCGGCCGGCGGCCGGCGGCACAGGUCUGUCGGUGUCGGGGCUCCUGGUGGCCGGCGCCCGACGAUCGGGUCGGAAAAGGAAAGGAGGUAUGGCGGCGCGAACAGUAUCUUCUCGUCGUCAACUCUACAGUUUUUUUCUUGCCGACGAUUUGAUGUCGAGCAAGAGGAAGAAGAAGAGCCAGGACAACGGCGGCGGCACCUGCCGGAUUGAAAGCAACGUUGACGACUUCCUGGAGGACGACGAAGAAGGCUCCCAUGAACCGGCAUCAGCGGCGGCGGCGGCGGCGGCACCCGACGUGCGUGCUAGGACGAGGACCGCAGUGGCGAACGUGACGGUGGGCGACGCCGACGCCCUGGACUGCGGCGUGUGCUUCCUCGCGCUCAGGCCUCCCAUUUUCCAGUGCGAGGUGGGGCAUGUGGUGUGCUCGGCCUGCCGCGACAAGCUGGAGGCCACGGGGAACGGCGUGUGCCAUGUCUGCGGCGUCGCCACGCACGGCUACCGCCGGUGCCACGCCAUGGAGCAGCUCUUGGACUGCAUCCGCGUCCCUUGCUCAUAUUCGGCUCAUGGCUGUGACACAAUGCCUCCCUACCAUGGCCAGGAAAGCCAUCGCCAGGUGUGCCGGCACGCGCCCUGCCACUGCCCUGGCGAGUCGUGUGGCUUCGUCGGCUCCACGGCCGCGCUCCUGGACCACUUCGCCGGUGCACACAACUGGCCGUGCACCACCAAGGUCAGGGCCAGGGAGACAUUCAGCAUCCGUUUGCAUGUUGGAUUCAACUUCUUUCUGCUUCAGGACAAUGGCCGCAGCGAUGGUGAACAAGCGUUCCCCGUCCCGCGCCUGUUCCUGAUGAACGUGACGCGGGAACGGCUUGGUCGUGCCAUCUCUGUGCUCUGCAUCCAUCCUCACGCAUCCACCACCACUGCUGCCAAUGGUGCUCAAGAGCUGUCAUUGACGCAAUGUGAGCUGGUAUUCUCGCUCUACGGCGACAGGAGCUUGUGCCAUAGCUACUAUCAAUCGUCGGUGUUCAAAGUGCUGUGCACGGACCUCUCCAAUGGGCUGCCCAACCCUGAAGGAUGCUUCCAGUUCUUCGUGCCCAACGCCGUUCUUGGGGAUGGGGACGACAGGAAUUCUAUCCAGAUUAAAAAUCAAUCGGCGGCUUCAAAUAAUAUGCCUCAUCAGCCACCACAUCAGCCGGGGUGGCCAGCUUGGCAGUGAAUGGUUCAUGCUUAUUGUGUUGGUGCUUAUGUACUUGGAGACUUAGAUUUGCAUUACUGGCUUGGACUUAGAAUAUUUGGUUAACUUGGUCAUGCACUUGGAUUGUUUGGUUCACUUGGCGAUACACUUAUUGCACUUCUGCUUAUAUGUGAUGUGUGAUAUAUGUGA